UUCCGGCGUGGAAGACCCCUGAAGCUCCCGAAGGCGGGCGAGUGUGGCUUCAUUCAUUCGCAGCUCGCGCGGCUCAACGCUUUGGACGCUGUCCUGACCGCUCCUUUUAAAAGGAUAUCGUGUUUGUUGAUCGAUUGUGCUUAUCGAGCGACUCUGUUUGCAUGCAGAUUUCCAGUAAAGCGCAAUGAGUGAUUCCGGCAAGGACACAGCGGCUCCUAAAGAGAAAGACGGAGCGGAGAAGAGAGGACGCGGAAGACCACGGAAACACCCACAGCAGCAGGAGGCAAGUGGAUCUCCCACACCGAAGAGACCUAGAGGAAGACCAAAGGGCAGCAAGAACAAGCCAAGCUCCACGGCACAUCGGGGCAAAAAAACGGCAACGGCUUCGGCACCUGCAGGGACGAAACGCCGAGGACGGCCCAAGAAAGCAGAGAAGGAGGAGCAGCCAUCUAAGUCCUCUGAGGAAGAAGAGGAGGAGGAAGAGGAACAGUAACUAGCAACUCGUGCUACCUCACAAUCCAACAUUAUUUCUUCCUGUUGACCAGAGCUGGACUGACCCUCCCCAUUCCCCCUCUUACACUAGUGCCACCCUCACCCUCCAAUUCACCUUUACGCUCUAGCGCACCCUAGCGUCAGGGAGGCUUGCACACUUCAUGCGCCUUCUCUGUGUAACACCACUGGAAAAAGACUCAAAAUACUGUAUGUCCAUUCGUGGAUGCAUGCACACGUGUAUGUCUCGCACUCAAUGGCUAAUUGGUCGAAAGUGUCUGUCAUUAUACUGGACAAAGAUAUGCUCUGAUGGCGGCUUGACACAAAGCGAUUUGCAAAAUACUGAAGUUUUCUCUUUUUUUCACAAGCAACCGUUUCAGGCCUUGAGAAUUCAAGUUUAUUUUUACACGUCUAAAUCUAAAAUAUGGUAGGUUGUGUGAAAUUCAUGUCGUUAUGUACUGGACAAAGGUGAAUUGACCUACUCGUUGUUUUUACUUGGGUUGUGUGUGCGUGUGUGGUAACUCUGUCUCCAGUUAAACUCUUAGAAUAAAAUUAGCGUAUUUUUUUUGAGUGCGCAUAACCUAGAGGACUUUUAACUUGUAAUCAACAUCAUUGAAUGCUUUGUUGUGAAACAUUUUUGACUUCCUUUUGUUUGUUUAAUAAUGCCCUCUGCCGACUUGCCACCAUCAUGAUUUCACUGAUACCCGCAAUAAAUUUACUGGCACGCGAAAGCUAAGUAGUCAGUCUAAGUCUGUUCUCAGUGUAGUUCAGUUUCCUGGAUGUGCUAAGGAACAGUUUGCUCGUCUGGCCUGUUCGAAAUGUUAUGGAGGACGAUUGGUUUUAAUUGCGGAAAUUAUUAAAUGUUUUACCACCAACUGAUCCUUGCUCCAAAAAAGGCACCGCAAAUGAUUAGACACCAGCAGUGCUUUUAAUUGUAUCGGCCCCAAACCCGUGAAUUACACGCGAACAUUUAAUCUUUUUUUUAUAGAAAAUGCUAAUCAUUCCAUUUGCUCGCAAAUUCUUUGUGAACUUCCCAGCCGUGUCGCUUCUUCUGUCCCAUUACAGUCCACUCAGACGACUUUCACUUGAUGUGUUUUAGGUUUUUGUUUCGUUUUCUUCAUGGGUUUUUUCUUUCUUUUUUUGACGUGUUAAAUUCCAUGUCAGGGAACGCUGAUCGGUCCA